AUGUCCGCCACUACGCGGAGUUCGAGCUCCUCCCCCGAUAUCCUAGGCCCGCCAGGCGAUGCCGAUUACCUCAUUUCGUCUCCGAUAAAACCCUUUACCGGUCGCCAAAGCGUAUACUCCCCCGCCGUCACCGCGCGCAGACAAACACCGGCCAGAGGAACCCCAGCCAAGCGACCACGCGUGAGCCUGAGUCCCGCGAAGAGCGCGCAUUCAAUCCGAUUCGACGAUGUGCUGCUACCUGGAUCGCCUACAAUGAAACUCGAGGGUCGCCAAAGGUCGCUUUCUCCGCUGAAGGAUCAACAGGAUGGGAACGUGAGCCCAUGGCGCAUUCGAGUUACACUUGAGGCGACACAAGACGAGGAAAACCAAGGCGAAAUGCAGGCCAGUCCGUCGCGCAAACGGCGUCGUCCAUCUACCGUGACCACAAAAAUACCCUUGAAAGAUGAUCGGAGUCCGCUAGCGGAAAAGACACCUUCAAGACCGCGUGGGCGCCCACGGAAAUCAGACACGAAGCCACUGAAUGGAUCGCCGUGGCCAGCAGCCAGCCCGGGGAAUACACCAGGGCGCCCAGGAGCGACACCAAUGAGAAAACGAGGAAGACCACCCAAGGGCACGCCGAGACCAAGUUUACAGGAAAUACAUGUCGAUGAAGAUGAGACAACGCCAGCGCCCGUGUCGCAGCCGAUCCCUUCGCUUGAGACCGAACCUGAGCCUGAACAACAUACCAGCCCAAUGGAUAUUGCCCCGGAUGGGGCCACCGAGCCACUUCAAAGAAUGAGCCCCGUCAAUAUUGCUGGAAAUGAUGGCUUCGACAGCGAUUCGCUGGGAGCGGACGAUUUGCCCAUCGCAGAUCUUACAGGGCCAUUCCAAGCAUACGGGGAGAUUUCCAACGGCAGUGCCAAUCGUGGGUAUGGCAGAGCCACAUAUGAUACUCCUAUUAUUGGAGCAUCCGAGCACCACUUCUUGGACAACGAGGAGAACAUCCACUCGACACCGUCUAAAAUGCCAUCGCCAACUCGAGAGAGGCGGUCUUCUUCGGUCAGGUCGGUACGCGAAGCCCCCGUGCCCUCGGCGCCUUCGUCCACUCGUACAUACCCUACUCCGACUCCUACUUCUUCGCUGGCCGAGGAAGAAAACCAAGCUCGGGGGGGCUCCUACGAACCUCGAGCCAGAACACUAUCAUAA